CACUAGAAAUUGAGUGUAAUGAUUUUUUUUCUUCCUGGCAACAGGUACAAGAGCUUAGUUACCGGGACCCGGGCGAGAGGAGUCAUUGCUGUCCUCUGGAUUCUCGCUUUUGGCAUCGGCCUGACUCCUCUCAUGGGAUGGAAUGGUAGGGCCAAUGCCACCCUCGACUGCGCGGAUGGAGCCAAGAACCUGAGCUGCUGCCCCGUGAAGUGCCUCUUUGAGAACGUGGUCACCAUGACCUACAUGGUCUACUUCAACUUCUUUGGCUGCGUCCUGCCCCCGCUGCUCAUCAUGCUCGCCAUCUACGUCAAGAUCUUCCUGGUGGCCUGCCAGCAGCUGCGCCGCAUGGAGCUCAUGGACCACUCGAGGACCACGCUGCAGCGGGAGAUCCACGCGGCCAAGUCCCUGGCCAUGAUCGUGGGCAUCUUCGCCCUGUGCUGGCUGCCCCUGCAUGCCACGAACUGCAUCACGCUCUUCGAUCAGCACUUUGCCUUGAACAAGCCCAAGGAGUUAAUGCACAUCGUCAUCCUCUUGUCGCACGCCAACUCCGUCGUGAACCCCAUCAUCUACGCCUACCGGAUAAGGGACUUCCGCUACACCUUCCGCAGGAUCAUCUCAAGGUACGUCCUCUGUCAGAGAGACGAGCUCCCCAAGAGCGGCAACGGACAGUCGGGGACGGUGCAGACGCUCGAUGCCAAUGUAUGACCCCUGCCGCCGCCCAGAGGCCUCCAGCCGCCGGGGCUGGAUCUGGCUGCCCGUACGGAGCGCCUCUCGGGUGCCGGCCUGACAAAGGGAAACAUGCCGCUGGGGGGUCCAGAUCCCGCGGCGAGUCGUGUGUGGACUAGACGACUGGAGGAAGGCGGAGGAGCCCUGGGCCGAGGACGCGUCGGCCGCACCGUAUUUCUAAUAGGAAGGAAUUUCAGCCGCCGUUACUGUGAACGCCCCCUCUCGGCAAUGAUGUUUUACUGACUUGGAGGCGAUGGGGAAACCCAACGCCUCACUCUCCUGACCCUGGAGGUGGCCACAAGAACACUACGUAGAGGCAUGGGAGGAAAGGGGGGUCCGGGGGAGGGGAGGCCUGUUCUAGAUCACCAUUUAGUGACGUUGGGCUUCUCAUACUAGAGAUAGCGGCUCUUCUCCCCUCUCUUGGAGGGAACUGCUCACAAGGGGACCCUAGAAUGAUAGAGGAAAAGGCAACCGGCCCCCCACCUUUGCCAGAUUUUCUUUCUCUCUUUUCUGGAGGUGACGCGAGUGGGGAGGUCACCCUCUGGGUUUUGAAAGGGAGGAGGGGGCUGAAAUGGCUGCCUGUGGUCCUCCUCAUGCCAGCCGACUUAAGCAUACCAAAAAAUGGGGCAAAGAAAUGGGUGAGCUCAAACUGUGAGAUUUUAACCUCAUUUUCUGUGUAUGUGUAAAGAAUAGAGUAUUAGCUCAAAGCUGACAAUAAUUUAAGUGAAUGAAAAAUAAAAAUAAAGCCGUUUUUUGUUUU